GCAAACCCAAAAACGUCUCCUCCAUCCCGCUCGUCUUAUUCUGAAAACAGUGCAGUGUCCGGCGAAGUUAUCUACCACACACGCAGCGAGCAGCUCCUCCGGCUUCUAGGGGCAUCGACAUCGGCAUCAUCAACCGCUCCUCCCGCUCCCAUCGACGAUUACCCACUCCAUAUCCUCUCGUUCCAACCAUUUCAACUCGAUUUCCAAGCUGUUCGGGGAAGAAACAAAAGGAGAAAGUGCUACAUGAAGUGCUCGAUUGGCUCAAUUGCACCCCACAAAAGCAGUGGAGAAGAAGGCUCAGUCAGAAUGACAGUUUGGGGACGUGAGGGCCAGGAGUUGCAAGUGCUGGUGGUGUUCGAAAACCCGACAGUGUCUCUCAGUCAGCAGACUUGGGUGUCUGCUCAUCCGUCCCUAGGGUAGACCUUGAAAAUGGUUUCGUUCUAAAUGAUAGAAGAGAGUGCAUAGUCAGCUCAGCGAUGAAGUGGCGGGGUUCAAGAAUGACAGUUUGGGGUAGGAGUUGUUACUGAAUGACUCUGAACAGUGAUUUUGUUUGCAGUGUUACUAGUAAGUGAACUGAUGAAUAGAAAUGUAUUUUGUUGGGCAAGCUCCAAUGUAUAGAAACACAAAGCUAACCCUUCACUCCUUCAGGCUGAGUUCUACCUUUUUUGUCUACCUCUUUCAAAGACAACUCAUGUAUGUAACUCAAUAGAGUUUUCUAAUAUUAUAAAUCGAGAAGCAAGUUUGCAAAUCA